UGGGAGCGCGCACAGCGGCACCAUCACGGCCGAAGAAACGGGAUAAACCUGGAAAAGAAACGGAACAAAACAACAGUACCGCAUAGGUACGGUGGAGGGGGGGAAACAAUGAGGUUAACGAAACAAUUGAUUCACUUAAACCGGAUCGCACCGCUUGAUCGCGUUCUCUGAGAAACUCCGAUGUUGCCGUCGCUUGUGUUUUGCGCUUUUUAUCCUUUCUCCUUGCGCGCUGCUGAUACAAAGGCGCUCGGUCUGGAGCAGCAGCAGCAGCAGCAGCUGGGAUUACUGCCAUAUGAAUGGAGAAGAGUGAACGGACCUGCUAACACGGGCAAACACGGAAUGGUAUACACAGACAGUGAGUAAACCGACCAGGAUUAAAACACUUUUUAAUUUUUUUUUUGUCUCUCCAUUGGAGCUAGAUCCCCGUGUCACCCCGCGAGGGAGGAUAGAUGCUGUCAUUGUGUCAAGGCUGAGAUUUGGAGAAAAAGAAAAAAAUCUUUUGAAAGUGUCCCUUUCUGGAAUAAUGCAUGAGAAAGACGAGCUGCAUGAGAUUGCCGCUUUUUAUUCCUUUCCAGGCCUCACACAUUCCCGGCUAUCCUUCUGCCUGAACAGCCGGUUUCUCUGGUUCAGAAUGGGAUGUAUUGUCGCAUCUGCGCAGCCCACGACAAGUGUCACCAAUCACACUGUGUGUUUCUGAACGGGUUACCUGAAGGCCUGAAACACUGUCACUGCUCUCUGACCGCAGGGGGCCAUUGUUGUCGAUAAGGACUCUAAAAAGGACAAAACGGUGCGCCCUUGGCUUCAUUCACCCAGUGUGUGUGUGUGAGCCAGGGUCAGUCACAGAAAUAAAGUAGGCACAAUAUGGUGGAGCCGGUGGGAUUUACCGAGGCGUGGAAAGCACAAUUCCCAGAGUCUGAACCCCCCAAAAUGGAGCUGCGAUCCGUCGGGGGCAUCGAGCAGGAGCUGGAGAAGUGCAAAGCCUCCAUCAGGCGCCUGGAGCAGGAGGUGAACAAGGAGCGCUUCCGCAUGAUCUACCUGCAGACCCUCCUGGCCAAGGAGAGGAAGAGCUAUGACAAGCAGCGGUGGGGCUUCAGGCGGACGCCGCUGAACGAAGGGAUGGACCCUGCGGCCAUACAGGGUGCGGAGUGCCAGUCCCAGCAGCCGCACAUGCAGGAGACCGGUGGAGUUGGAGUAGGAGUCGUCGGUGGAGGGUAUGGUGGCGGCAGUAUGGAGAGGAGCCGUUACCAGCCUCUUGGAGAUGGAGCUGGAAGGUCCAAACCCAGGCCUCCACCGGCCAGGAAGUCGGCCUCCCACGGAGACGGACUGGAGUCGGCCUUCGAGGUGCCGCAGCAGGCUGAGUCGAUGUCUUGCGACAACCUCGAUGGCCUCUCGCCGUCCAAGCAGAGAGGCGGCAUCUCGGCCUCCCCCCGCAGACUCAACCUUCCGCCCCCAGACAAGGAACUGCCCAUUGACCCCAAGGACAAGCUGGGAAUGGGACUUGGCGUGGCGGCCCUUAGGUCCAACUUUGAGAGGAUCAAACGGGCCAACUCUCACUCUGCGGGGGAUGUAGCAAAGGGCCAGGAGAAGCAGCAGCAGCUGCCGCCGCCUCCGCCACCAUUCUACUCUAACAUGGAAUUCCACCACGAGAGGGGUCUGAUCCGGGUCAACGACCGUGAAGUUUCUGACAAGAUCAGCACCCUGGGCAGCCAGGCCAUGCAGAUGGAGCGAAAGAGAUCUCUUCACUCCCUCCCAGGUAACCUUGCAACGGUGGCAGGGGAGCUCCGCGCCAAGCCAGUGUACAGAGGCCGGUCCACUGAGAGCACCUGCGGCUAUGAUGCAGAAUAUGAAGACGGGGAACCCAACCAGCGGCACGCAGGGAGGGCCAAUGGUGGCAAGCCUCCGCCCCCUCCUUGGCAGCCCUCCGAGUUCCAGGCCUACUCCAGUGUCUACGUUGGUGGGGUGAUGAUGGGUGAAGGUGGCGGUGGAGAUGGGAGAGGCGGUGGGGGAAGUGGUAGUGGAGUCACAAUGAGAGACCUCGGGGGAGGUGAUGACCACCUCCUGACCUGGCCACGCCGGUCCUACUCCCCGGGGAGCUUUGAGGAUGUCGGCGGAGGCGGCGGCUACACGCCGGACUGCAGCUCCAACGAGAACCUGACGUCUAGCGAGGAGGACUUCUCCUCGGGACAGUCCAGCCACGUCUCGCCCAGUCCCACCACGGCCUUCCGCCGGCCCUUCAGAGAGAAGAGCCGCUCGCCGUCCCAGAACUCCCAGAACUCCCAGCACUCCUUCGACAGCAGCAGCCCUCCGACGCCGCAGUCCCAGAAGCGUCAGCACCGGCAGCAGGGAGGCCACGUGGUCAUGUCUGAAGCCACUAUUGUGAGCGUUCGCAAGACCGGUCAAAUCUGGCCACCUGGUGCCCAUCAUGAGCUCGUGCCGCAUGGUAGAACAUCCCAUGACAACAGUUUCCAUGGAGACCACCUAGAUGGUCAUUUCACGGGGACGCCUCCCACGUACGGUUACGAUGCAGACCGCGCAGAGGAGCAGCGGAGGCACCACGACAUCCUGCCGUACAUCGACGACUCGCCGUCAUCUUCUCCGCACCUCAGCUCCAAGAGCCGCAGCAGUCGGGACACCCUCUCCUCCGGAUCGUUAGAAUCCUCCAAGUCGACUGAAUGUGACCUGGAAAAAGGUUUGGAGAUGAGAAAGUGGGUCCUCUCUGGGAUCCUGGCCACCGAGGAAACAUACCUCAGUCACCUGGAGGCCCUGCUGCUGCCCAUGAAGCCCCUGAAGGCCGCUGCUACAACUUCGCAGCCUGUGCUCACAGUGGCCCAGAUAGAAACGAUCUUCUUCAAAGUGCCUGAGCUCUACGAGAUCCACAGGGAGUUCUACGACGGACUUUUUCCUCGCGUUCAGCAGUGGGGCCACCACCAGAGAGUCGGAGACCUCUUCCAGAAACUGGCCAGCCAGCUUGGAGUCUACCGAGCGUUUGUGGACAACUACGAGCUGGCUGUGGAGACCGCGGAGAAGUGCUGCCAGGCUAACACACAGUUUGCUGAAAUCUCUGAGAACCUGAAGGUGAGGAGCCCAAAGGACUCGAAGGACCAGACAGCCAAGAACUCUCUAGAAGCGUUGCUGUAUAAACCAGUGGACCGAGUGACCCGCAGCACAUUGGUACUUCACGACUUGCUCAAACACACGCCCACCAGCCACCCGGACCACCCGCUUCUGCAGGACGCCUUGCGGAUCUCCCAGAACUUCCUGUCCAGCAUCAAUGAGGAGACGACGCCCCGACGCCAGUCUAUGACUGUCAAGAAGGGAGAGAGCCGUCAGCUUCUGAGGGACAGUUUCAUGGUGGAGCUGGUGGAGGGCGCCAGGAAGUUGCGGCAUGUCUUCCUCUUCACUGAUCUGCUGCUCUGCGCCAAGCUGAAGAAACAGAUCGGAGGUAAAAACCAGCAGUAUGACAGUAAGUGGUACAUUCCCCUGACUGAGCUGACCUUCCAGGGCCCCGAGGAGACCGAGCCCCUUACCAUCCCCCAGGUCCCCGACGAAGAGCUUGACGCCAUGAAGGUCAAGAUCUCACACCUCCGCAGUGAGAUUCAGAGAGAGAAGAGAGGCAACAAGGGUUCAAAAGUCAUUGACCGUCUGAGGAAGAAGCUGUCUGAACAGGAGUCUCUGCUCCUGUUGACGUCUCCGAGCCUGCCCAUCAGGGUCUACAACAAGAACGGCAAGGGUUACAGUUUCCUGAUUUCGUCUGACUAUGAACGUGCAGAGUGGAGGGAGAUAAUGAAGGAACAGCAGAAGAAAUGUUUGAAAACUUCCUCCUUGACUUCCAUGGAGCUGCAAAUGUUGACCAACUCCUGUGUCAAACUGCAGACUGUCCACCACAUUCCACUUAGCAUCAACAAAGAAGAGGAUGAAUCCCCCGGUCUCCACGGGUUCCUGAAUGUAAUCGUUCACUCUGCCUCCGGCCUCAAACAGAGCUUGAAUCUCUACUGCACAUUGGAGGUGGAUUCAUUUGGCUUCUUUUCAAGUAAAGCCAAGACGAGAGUGUAUCGAUACACUACUGAACCCAAAUGGAACGAGGAGUUUGAGAUUGAGCUGGAGGGCUCUCAGACCCUGAGGCUGCUCUGCUAUGAGAAGUGCUACAACAAGACCAAGCCGAACAAAGAUGAUGGAGAGAGCGCAGACCGCAUCAUGGGGAAGGGACAGAUCCCGCUUGACCCUCCGACUCUCCAAGGCAAAGACUGGCAGAGGACAGUUAUUCCCAUGAAUGGGAUCGAGGUUAAACUUUCCAUGAAGUUCACCAGCCGAGAGUUCAGCCUGAAGAGGAUGCCCUCACGGAAACCCAUGGGUGUGUUUGGUGUCAAGAUCACCACAGUGACCAGGAGAGAGCGCUCCAAGGUGCCCUACAUUGUCCGGCAGUGCCUAGAGGAAAUUGAAAGGAGGGGUAUGGAGGAGGUGGGCAUCUACAGAGUAUCGGGAGUGGCCACUGACAUUCAGGCCUUGAAGACCGCCUUUGACACCAAUCAUAAAGACGUGUCGGUGAUGAUGAGUGAGAUGGACGUCAAUGCCAUCGCUGGGACCUUGAAGCUGUACUUCAGAGAGCUUCCAGAACCGCUCUUUACUGAUGACCUCUACCCCAAUUUUGCAGGCGGCAUCACCCUGUCUGAUAGUGUUGCCAAAGAGAGCUGUAUGUUGAACUUACUGCUGUCACUGCCCGAGCCCAACCUGGUCACAUUCCUUUUCCUCUUGGAUCACAUGAAGAGGGUGGCGGAGAAGGAAAGCAUCAACAAGAUGUCGCUCCACAACCUGGCGACGGUGUUUGGGCCGACCUUGCUGAGGCCUUCCGAGAAGGACAGCAAGAUCCCCGUUAACCCCACGCAACCCAUCAGUAUGGGGGACAGCUGGUCCCUGGAAGUCAUGGCGCAGGUCCAAGUGUUGCUGUAUUUCCUCCAGCUUGAGACGAUCCCCACCCCGGACAGUAAACGACAGAGCAUCCUCUUCUCCACCGAAGUAUAGAGCUAACAUUGACUCUGCCUGAACCUGAGACUUUGACAAUGAAGGAGUGAAAUUGAGAAGGACCGUGGCUCAAAGUGAGCCUGUAGUAGUAUGCUUUUGAAUUAACUGAUCAGAUUGCAUUUGGCUCUCGCAGCUGGAAAGGAUUGUCUCUGACGUUGCCUGCCUCCCUCAAACACAGGAGGGCGCCACUGGUCUUCGAAGCUCAGAGGAUGCGAGGUCCUUGCGGUUCAUAUCUCCCGUUACCUGAUAUUUAAUAUGAUUCCCUCUACCUUCAGUGAUGAUGUGGAAGCGUCUGCCCUCUACAUUUCUUCACCGUGCUCUUUGCUGGUCCUUUACAGCUUGUUGACGGUUGUGGUUCGUACAGCAAGAAGUUGUCAAAAUCAGUCCAUAAUAGAACGGAAUACGUCUUUCUUGACAACAGAUCAGAAAUUCCAUGUACCUUUUUGUUUGGGCAUUAUCCUCUAUCUUUGUUUAUUUUGGAUAAUCAUCAGCUCUCAAGACAAAAUAUGUUGAUCCAUCUCAAACAUUGCAUCAUGUCCUGCUGCAUGACCUUACAAAACCUCAGCACAUUGUUACAGAGAAGACACGAGGAAACAUUUGUGCUGUUUGUAGGAGUUUAAAAAUGAAGAUCCAGAGCUGCCACAGUACUGGCUUUUCUUCUUUGUGUAAGGAAGCCAACACCUGUGUGCUGAAGUGUUUACAACGUAAACAAACCCCUAAACGCUGCAGCUUAAAAAAGGGACUGUAAGACAUUUUAAACAUUAGUAAUACACUGCAAUCUGACUGCCUGCGUUUUUUAAGACCAUAAAAGCAAAUUUCCUGUUAUUGUGUUGUUUGUGUCUCAAGGUAGUCUUCAGCUUGAAUAUAGGAAGCAAUAUAUUUUCUAACAUAGGAUGUCUGUGUUCGCACCUUUGCAGACGGAAUGUCCUUGUUAUUGUAACAUAGAACAUCUUGCCAAAUUAAUAUGUUGUUCAUUUGUUUCUAGGAGAAAAGGAAGCAGUUGUAUUUACAGAUACAGUAUGUACAUAAUCUUAAAGUUGUAUUUUUUUCUUUCUUUUUGUUAUACAGUAUAAUCAUUGUUGCUAUUAUUGUAAUUUAUUUUGGGGGGGGGGCUUGGGGGGAGAAAUUGGUUCGUUUUUUUCUAUGUGAACGUUAUUUUUUCUGUUUGAUUAAGAAGGUGGUAGGUCUUAGCCUUGACUUCAAGUCCUGCAGUAAAUAAGCAGGAUUUAGCCUUGUUCUUAUAGAAUUUACUCAGCUGUUCUGUCCAGCCUAUCGAUUAUUCAUUUAGAUAUUAUUAUUAUAAAGGUAACACACACAUUGUAGUUACAUUACUGUAUGCUGCUGUGGAAAAGGCACAAGCUCUUUAACUGCUGGGUGUUCCUCAGCAGAGCGUCUCACAUCCAGAGGCCUGUCUAGUGUAGACAUUAUGCAAUGUCAUAAUAGAGCACACACACACACACACACACGCAUAUGACAUUGUCUCUUUUUUUGUACCAUUUAAUCUGUGGCUGCAGAAGUGCACUCAUGCGAUGUUAGAACUACUGUAUUACAUUUCAAGUAACCUGAGAGCACUCUGCAUUCAUGCCCAUUGAAGAGCAUAUCUGUUGGUUAUAAUGAAGGAAUAUUAUUUUGUUUCAUCUUCUCCUGACGUCUUUUUUUAUUUAUCUCAUGCAUAUGUUCUCUAACUGUUCUUCAUCCCGUUAAGCCUGAAGGUGUCCAACUCAAUGGCCAAUUUAAAGCAAAACUAUUAAGACAUUUUGUUGAUUCUAAAAUGAUGCAUUUCUCAUUUUGAAUUUCCGUGUCCUUGAUUUAACAUGCAGGCAUGUUUUAUUGUUGUUUUUUUUCAUUUUGGUCUUGUUAUUGCUGUCUUGUUCACACAUGUGUUAUCAUAGACUUUGGGAUUUUGGUAACCCGUGAGUAUCUUGGUUUACAUUAUUACAGCAUGUCCUUUUCUGGCCAAUUUAAAGAACACGUUCACAGAGUAAAGAGUAAACAUCACUGUUGGUUUUCCACAUAUAUAUUAGGCAUAAAAAUAUAACCAAUUGACCAGUUUAAUGGAUCUGAUAAGGGCUCGUGUGUGGUUGUGUCCAUGUUUAAGAUAACGCAGGGAGCGGCGUAUAUGAGAAAAUGUUAUUCGUAACACAUUUAAACUUUAAGGAGUCUUUCCUCUUGGAUCCAUAUCAGCUCUCUUGAUGUUAAGUCAUUUACACUCAAAUGCACAUAAUAAUAUAGACUAAACCAUCAUUAUUCUAUCAACCCCAGAAAUAUCAGUUGAGAUUUUUUCUCCAUGACUUUUUAUGUGCUUUCACUAAUUUUGGCCUAUUGUAGCAUGCAAACAAUGUUUCAUCAUCUAACAUGUUAUGAUGUGAGACAGAGAAUGAAUCCACCAUACAUUCAUUCAUUCACCUUUAUAACAAGUCCCGAUUGCCUACACUAUUUUACCCGAUCGUGCCUCGACACUUUCUUUUGUUUUUGGUUUCGCGCCUGUGGUUUUCUGAAACGUUGUUCAGUCUCCUGUUGCCUUUGCUGAGGACAGCCACACACCUCUCAUCUCUUAAAGACUAAGACAGGACCUUAACCUUAAGCAUGGUCUUAGCUCACACAUGCCCGCUCUACUUGCCACCUUCAUCUGACUGUGAUGAUGUAAUUGAAAAUGUUUUAAAGUCAGUCUUAAUUGGGCAAAGGACAGACUUUCUUGCCCUUCUCCUUGUUUGGCUCUUAACAUUUCCUCUCCUUUAAUGCCUUUUAUUCUUAUUUAUUUGUGCUUUGUCCCUGUUCGGUAUAAGAAGGUCUACUGGAUCUAUUUAUUUAUGAUAUAAUAUCAUCUGAAGAUAAAUUAAUGUUAGAAAAAUAUGGUCUUUGUAUGGUGUGCUUUCUUUGGGGAAAUGUAAGUCUUACGUUACAGUCUGUUUAUUGAACAUCCUGUUAAAGUUACAACUGUUUGUCACUAUCUUGUUCAAGAAUCACAACCACUGUGUACAACUGCAAACACCUUUGAACUCCCCAAACUCCUGCAGCGUCGGCUCAUCUCCGUAGUUAGAUAGUGUUGUACAACAGACUGGCCACUGUGAUUGUUUAGCUAUCUGAUCUAGAUAACUGAAUGGCAGAUGCCGGUUCCUGUCAAUUUAAAAGGUAGAUUCCGUGAGUUCGCGCAACUCAAACUUCUCUCAUUUUCCAUGGAGUUGUAUAAUAUGUAUUAUACUAGAGAGUACAUUAUUUGGUUUCCGUUUUAUUUAUUGUGGUCGUCCACUGACGCAUUGUCGUCAAAGGGUUGAGCCGGUACGCCUCUAGUCUCUUUGAAAAGCCAAGCUGUCAGUACGUGGUAGAGGACAAGAGUCGUAUAUAUUGCUCUAAAAUCUGCAUUGUUUUUUGGUCUGUUGAUUGUCAGUGUAACUGCAUGUACCCUCCAUAACCUCAGUUCCUCUGUACAUGAAAACGUAAAUACAGUAGAAAAGGUUACAUUUUUCUGUGGAAUAGCCUGAAGAUAUGGAACAUAUUGCUCUAUAUGAAAGUUACGAAUCUCGUCCAUUUAUUGUACAUGACCCUGGUAAUUAUCACAUGUCCAUGCUGUAGUUAAAACUAUCAAAUAACCCUCUACUGCCACUUCUACGACAUCCAACUGACUAAAUUUGACUACUUUAACCUUUGGAAACAUGAUAGUUUUGUUUCGACGCUUAACGCAUAAAGCUGAGGAUGAGACUUGCUGACCAACCACUUUUUACCUUCCUCAAUUUUUUGAACUCUUGUUCCUGUUCAAUAUUAAAUGUUCUGCUUGUAGAACUGUAAAAAGGAAUACCGUAUUCUGAGGGCAAACAUGUUCGGAAGGCAUUUGCAGCCUGUUUGUACACAAAAAUGUUAAAUAAAAUCUCCUUGUAACUACAUA